AUGAAUUCUGGCUUUGUGAUUGUCCAUGCUGGAGCAGGCUUAUAUUCAGAACGAAGGGAACAUUUAGCGAAGGAUGCGUGUGCUAAAGCAUGCAUGCAAGCAAAACUUGAACUCUGCAGAACUUCUGAUUCAAUUGCAGCGGCAAUAGCAGCUGUAAAGGUGCUUGAAGACAGCCCAGUUUGUAAUGCUGGUACAGGAUCGAAUUUGACUGUCAACGGAGAAGUGGAGUGUGAGGCUGGUUUGAUGGAGUCUCACACAGGAAUGGCGGCAAGCGUAGGUGCAUGCAGAAACUAUAAAUAUCCAUCUGAAAUUUGCUCGAGAAUUUUAAGCAAACGUAAGCUUCCUAAAAGUCAUGGUCGAAUACCUCCCUUGAUGAUUGUAAGUCAUGGAGUUUCUGAGUUCUUGAAGGAGGAAGGGAUUCCCACAAAUACCAAUGAAGAGUUGCGAACUGAUGGGUCUCGUAAACAGUAUGAAAAAUGGAAGCAACUUGUUGAAGAUGAUGGGAGGAUACCAUCAUCUCAAGAUACAGUCGGUGCUAUAUGCAUUGAUCCUGCUGGCGAAUUCUGCGUGUGCUGCAGCAGUGGUGGUAUAUUAUUAAAAUCUUCAGGAAGGAUUGGAUCAUCUGCUAUCCCUGGCCAUGGAUUUUGGCUGGAAAGAGAAUUGAAUGAAAUGGGUGCCUCCACCUUUGCUACAUGUAUGACCGGAACAGGUGAACACAUUUCAAACACGAAUUUCGCAAUUAGAUGUUCAAAUGUAAUGUUGCACACAGAAGAUGAGAUUCAAGAUCUGGAACGCCUUAUCCGAGACUUCUGGGAUCAUCCAAUGUCGAAAUAUAUCCCUAAUCUAUCUCUGGGAUUCAUAUUUGCAAAAAUGGAAACAAUGCCUGAAUCAAAACGUCCACGGUUGACAUUUGGCUUUGCAAAUUCCUCGCCAUCCAUGGCAAUUGGAUAUAUGAAAACCACUUCAAAGAAGCCUCAUGUCCUUAUUACGAGAAAUCAGAAUAAACCGCAUACAAUUAGUGUUGUUUCUACUCGACUUUGA